GGAAAUUGUGCGACCACCGCAAAUGCGCGGACACCUGGUCUUCUUAUUCGAAUUUAUAGAAAUAUACGCGUAUUUUCCCAGGAUUUCAAAUAACUCAGGAUAUUCACGCAGAUAUUUUUUUUGAAUAAUGGAUUAGAAGAUUGCUUCUCGACGCGACAAGAUGGUAAAAUAACAGGCUCGGUGUUGUUGAUGUGUGGCGAAAAAUCCAAGAUGGCGACGUCUGGUUGUGGGGAGUAGCCACAUUCGGCCAGUAUUCGCAAUGAUCUGGCCGUUAACUUGCCGAUUAUAAGACUAUAUUUAGACAAACAUUACCCAUAUGGUACAAUAUAUACAGACUAGUGGUGCUUUCCAUGGAAAUAAUGGAAUUGUUUAUCGAAACUUUAACUGGGACGGCGUUUGAACUUAGAGUAUCGCCGUUCGAGACUAUAAUGUCUGUCAAGGCAAAAAUUCAGCGUUUGGAAGGUAUUCCAAUAGCACAGCAACAUCUAAUAUGGCAGUCAACAGAGUUAGAAGAUGAUUAUUGUCUAAGUGAUUACAGUAUUACUGCUGGGAGCACAUUGAGGUUAGUUCUAGCCAUGCGAGGAGGACCAAUAAACACCAGAAGAAUCCCAAUGGAAGAUCCUGCCAUUCGUGAAAUGGCAGAAUAUAUGGAAGCCAACAAGGAUGAAAUCUGGGAAAAACUGCCAGGAAACAGACAAGUUACUCUGCUGGUUUUUCGAGAAGGCGACCAGUUAAAUUUUUUUCGAGUGGUUGACCGAGGGGAUGGAACUCUGACUCCACUGUCUGAAUCACUAAGCGGUGCUUCGAUGUAUAAUAUGUAUGAUGAAGAAGAAGAAGAUCAGGAAGCGCCCUCACAAGAACAAGUUCAAGAAAAUGAUAUCACAAUGAAUAAAAUGAGGUUACUUAGAGAAAGAAUGGAAUCAAUGUCUCUAACUAAAAAAAAGCAGCGGCAUCCAAGGCCACCCUCUGCAGGUCGACCAAAGAGUAUACAUCGGCGGAGAAAGUACAUUUCGUCCACUCAUACCUCAUCAGGGAAGACGUCUUUAAUGCGAAAUAUUCCUCUGCCCCCUGUGGGGGUCGCACAUCAUCCAAGUGAGCACAGAGAAACCAGAUCAAUACCUCACCCGCAUCCUCCUCAAUAUCCAAAUCCAGCAUUGCUUGACACUACGUCUGACUCUGAUAGCAACAGUCCGGUACUCUCAGCUAAAAGGACUUUAGAGAGAACCAAUAGUGGAAGUUUGAGAUAUGCAGCGAGUAGUCUCCAAGCACGGCAGCUGUCACUCAGUCCUCAGCUCUCCACCAGUAGCAAAAGAGCUGUAGAUAGACUAGCUAGCGGUAGUAAACUAAGACACUCCCAUACCACGCUAGAUGGUUCAGUCAGUGGGACGUUGAAAAUGCGUCCAAAUACUUCAUCUAAAUUACAGACUUUAAGCCCGGGUAAAGUAAAUGAUGGGGUUGAGUCACAUCGUAAAGCAGAAGCACGAACAAUCACAGAAAUGAUCAACAAAGCCUCUAAAGAAGGCACUGUUACUAAUUUAGUGAGGAGUACUACAAGAGAUAAUCUCACAGGUCAUACCAGUGGGAAGUCGAGAGUCAUGUCGGGCACAAUAUCACUUAGCCAUACCCUUGCUAAUACUAGUACUACUACUGAAAGAAUAGGCACACCUGAAUUUGACAGCAGAAAAGCACUUAUAUCUGCACACAAUAUACGCAGAAGGCUAUCUGGCAGUAAAGAUACCAGAAGAAUGUCCCCAGCCCACCGACUUCCUCCUGUUUCUAAGCCUUCAUCAUUAGGUACAGCUAAAAAGAAAAGUGGGAAAAAGUGCCUCUUUUGUAAUAAGAAAACAGGUCUUGCUACAAGCUACACAUGCAGGUGCGGGAGCAAUUUCUGUGCUACACAUCGAUAUGCAGAAUCCCAUAAUUGCGGCUACGAUUACAAAGCUGCCGGUCGUAAACUACUGGAACAAAGCAAUCCUGUAGUCAGUGCACCUAAGCUUCCAAAAAUUUAAACAACAGUGAAGAUACAUCAAGAAAUAUCUUGAAAACCUUAGUAUUUUGUACAUUAAAAUUGUAGAUUUAUUCGCCAAACAGUGUUUUUUUUUUAAAUAUUUCUCUUCAUGGUUAUUAUCACACAGAUUAUUGCAUACCUGUUUUACUCAUCAUAAAUGUGUCUUGUUUUACUCACUCUCACCUCUUACAAUGUAAUAACGCAUUUGUUGACAUAACAUUUCACAAUGUGAUUAAUUUGUGAGAAGAAUUAUUUGACAAAUUUACAGAUGAAGUUUUUGUAUAAUUAUUGUGUUUUUAGUUGAUUAACUAAUAACA